UCUCUCUCUCUCUCUCUCUGUUUACUUACUAAACCAGCAGUCACAGGCCUGACUGAGAGGAGAGAGGAAACAUCAUGACAGCCCUCUGGAUUCUUUCUCUGUCUGCGCUCAUGUGUCCGAUAUCUUCUGCAUUUCACUGGAGAAGAGCUCUAUACCCAUCAGCCUUCCGAGUGAAGCGAGGGACUCCGGCGCUGCUCAACCCCUCUUUUCAGAAAUCUGUGGAAGAUGCCAAUCUUCUCUUUGAGGUUUUGUGGUCUGGAGCGUACAUGGACUCAGAGCGGGGCACGCUCCACAUAUCUGAUGAGGAGCUGGCCUCUCUAAGAAAACUGGACGUUCUAGAGGUGCUGUGUGAGGACGUGCUGCCCAGAACCCUGUCAGAGAUCCAGCGGGUCAGUGCUCAGCUGGGACAGCAGCACCGCGGGUCGCUGCGGAUGGAGGACUUUGAGCGCACUGUACUCACUAUGGUGUUUACAGCCCAACAAGUCCAACACACCAACCCCGGUCACCAGAGGGAGCUGUGGACAAACACCCUUUUACAACUCUAUAAAGCGAUUAAAGGAGACCUGCGGCCAGUGUGAGGGCAAAUGUUAAGAAUAAAACAAAAUGAUUAAAGAUUAUAGACUCCUAUAAAAGACAUUUGUUUGUUUUGACAUGGUCAGACAGCACUGAAAGCACAUAAUGCAAACUUUAUGCAAAGCAACAAUCCAACAGACUUACUGACUUCUAAAGGCAGGUGAAUAUUAUUUCAUGUCUUCUAUUGUUCAAAAGGUCUUCCUAUUUAGCCUAAUGUUAUAUUUUUGGACCUUUACAGUUCAUAUUGUGGUGAUAAAUAUUAUUACCAUGCUUUUAAUUUCAAGGACAUUUCAUUUUGUUUGUGGUUAUUAGGAAUGAUGAACGAUUUUGGUCCUGUGUUGUUUGAUGUCCAGUCAGUGUAAAAUCUUAAACCAGAUGAGAAUCCACUGUCUGUAAUUACAGUAUUUCACUCUUUUCAGAAUCUAUAUGAUGUGCAUCUUAAGAUCUGUGCUUGCAUAAAUUGACCUUCACAAUGACAAUCACAUCUUUGCAUAAAAUGUGUUGUUUAUUCACACCACAGUCAAAUUUGAUGGCACAUUAUUAGAAAAUGAGGUGUAAUGUCCUUGUAUGACUUUCCAUUUAUCCUCAGAUAAUGCAUUUCCUCAUGUAAUCAUUAUCACGUCCUUGCUCAUGUUUUACCUGGAAAAUUCCCAGUGGCACAUCAAAACCUUCUUCUUCUGUGAUUGACACGGGAAAGGGUUUUCAGGUAAUAUUACAGAACAUAUAAUUGUUAUUAAAGUUAAAACUGCACAGCUU